AUGAACCAUAGGCCCGACUCUUUCCUGGCUGCACAGCAAUUGAGCCUCGGGGACAAUGCGCUGGAGCAUGCGUUGACAGGAUUCUCUGACAUUGCUAGGCUAGCUCCACAUGAGUCUCCAGACAAGGACAUCAUACUCCUGGGACACAGCAUGGGCGGUUUACUGGAUGCAGAAGUGAUCAUGCUUCCUUGGUAUACAGCGGGGAAUGAGCAAGUCUACAAGCAUAGGAUCCUAGGCACUGUGAAUUUCGAUACACCUUUUCUUGGAAUGCAUCCUGGGAUUGUGGGAAGCGGUAUUAGCAGCCUGUUUCGACGUUCUCCGUCACCGUCACCGUCCUCAUCACCAGCAGCCCAAUUACAAAAUAAUCAUAGAAGCCCACGAUCUUCGCUUGAGACCAUUGAGUCAGCUUUACCACCACCAUUACCCCCGAGAAUGGGGCAGGCUCCUGUCACCUUGAUCCCGACCGAGUCUGAAAGUCGCGUCCCACUAUCGACGACUUCUUCGUCGCUCUCGGUACCCCUCGACGACCCGAACUACAAUCCUCCCUUUUUCAAUGAUGUCCGUAUACCAAAGCGCACAGGAUGGUCCAAUGCAUUGCAUUUCUUGGAGAAGCAUUCAAGUGGAUUGGUACACGCAACAGAAACUUACGUUACUUCUCACUUCGAAUUCGGUGGCGCAAUGGCUGAUUUUCGGGCUCUGAGAGAUCGAUAUAAAAGGAUCAAAGCUCUAGAGAGGGGGCUUGAUGGACGACGAGUCAGAUUUGUUAACUAUUAUACAGCUUGCACUGGAAGACCCAAGCACGACAAGGAUGAAAGACAGUCACGAAAGGAUCGUGAUGAAAGCUUCAAUGAUGGCCCGCAGUCUGACUUGGAGAACCUAACUUUGACCAACACCGGAGGCCGAUCAGCGUCUCCGCGACCAAGUGCAUUGACCGAAAAAAACCACAACACGCAAGAGCAUAGUAGCAGCCCGCCCUCAAGUGAUCCUGCCCAUGGCGAUGAAAACAACAUCGGAAUCCAUCAAGCUCAGGCCGAGAUCAAUGACCAGGUUAUGAAUGGGAAUGACAUUGUGAAGUCCUCUGCAAACGAUGAUGCAGACAAUGACCAGCUUCUCGACACCGAGAGCACUCAGCACAAGCAAGACUCUCAUCCUUCCUCUUUACUGGAACCCUCUGACUUAGCUCCUCAGAACUCACAUGCAGAAGCAGAGCAGCCAAUCUCAAAGGAUUUUGAGCGUCGAUCGAAGGCCCGUUCCAAGGCCUUGAAGAAGUUGGAUGAGGCUAUCAGCGCCUACGAAAAAGCCGCGACAGCAUCUAGUAGUGGAACGCCAAAAGAGAGAAAGAAGGUUGAGAAGCUGCAGGCUAAAGUACGGCAAAGGCGCCAAGAGGUCCAGACACAUGCUAUUCUUGAAGAAGCAGACAGCCUGGAUGAACAAAAAACGGGCGAAGAUGAUGUGGAUCCCCAAGUAGAUACGACACUCAUGGCCAAUAGCAAAGAAGGGAGCAAAGAAGGGAAAGCAGAGAAGAGAGGCUCACCAAGGGAGCGAAGAUUCUGCGUCUUGCCUUCGAAGAUUGACAGCAAGCCUGACCCAUGCUGGGUGAAAGUCUUCAUGCCCGAUGUAGAUGAAGUAGGCGCACAUUGCGGCUUAUUCCAAGUAGGUGACAACCCGGAGAGGUACGAGACCUUCGUCUGGGACGUGAGCUUGAGGAUUGUGGACUGGCUGGAGGAGGAAAAUGCACGUGAUAACCCUGAAUAA